CCUUCUUUCACUUCUUCCUCUCUGCAUCGCGUUGCAACUGAUUGCUUCGAUAAUUGUGUUGAAAGAACCGCUAUCUCCCAACUGUUAUUGAUCCGUUCUCUUCGACUGGAUUUGUUUUGCUCGUCUUCCGAUCAAGUACCUUUGCGCCCUUGUUUCGCCCAGUGUCAAGCCAAUCGACAACCAAAGCUGUUUCGAUUGCCAAACAGCAUCGCUUCUCUUGAAGGUCCUCAAAGGCUGGACAUUUGAAUCGCCAUAAAGCUCUGAAUCUUCUCGUCAAGCGCGAUCAAUCAUAAUGGCGACGACUCCCCCGCCGCGCCUGCAGACUCCCCCGCCAGACUCGCCGUCUAACCUGCGAGUCCCCUCUGCGCCACUCCAUGGGGCCAAAUACGACCACUAUGAAGCAUAUGCGCCUCGAUUUUCAGCUAGAAUAGCAAGUCAGCGUGCGGCCAGGUCAAUGGAAAGAACGCCUGAACCAGUCUGCCCGGGCUCGCCCAGCAAGAUGCGAUCUCGAGGGUCACCGAGGAAGUACCCAAGAGUUGAUGGGGAGACAGAUCAGAGUUGGAAGUCAAUUGGAAAAGAAGCCUUUGGACAGCAAUCCGACUCUUCGCUAUCGACAAGCGAGCCUAACUCUGAAUUUUCCAGAUAUGCUCAACGUCUGCCUACUUCUGCCUCUCAUCGUCACCCUUCUUCGUUCUCUCACCCUCGCCCCGCCGCGACUCAGGCCUUGCCGACCCCUGCUAAAACCCCGUCUAAGCGAACGAUUCAAGGUGAUUUAACAUCUACCUCUCGCACUCUCUUCCCAUCAACCGGCAAGAUGUCAUCCAAGAAGCCAUCACCAUUCUCGCUGGAGAGCUUUGAGACCUCUUCCUCUAACGAGAUUCAAAUCUUCACCGACUCCCGUGAUCGUAUCCCCACUUCUGGUCCUACAACCGGCAACCCAUUUUCUUCACAGGCGGACUCUGUCAAGGCCUCCAGUCCUAUUAAGAAGGGUAAGAAGGCUACUGCUCGAACGCCUGGAAAUGUCGAAAGUAUCAGCUCGCAGCGUACCUCGGUAAUCACUCCCAGACGCCGCCACCAGAGUUCUACAAAUGAGGAUGACCCCUCGCCCAAUUUGGAGGAAGGGAUUACCAUGAUCUUCCGUGGUAAGAAGGUCUUCACCAAGUUCACAGACCUGGAUGAGGAGGACGACGAUGAGGAUGAACUGGGUCUGUUCGCUUCCCGACCGGACCUUCUAGCAGCCAACCCAGACAUCCUGCAACGGACCAAGCCUCUCACUCGCAGCUCCAUCAAGCCCCGUGUCCUCUUCCCGGCUGCAACCAAGCACAGUGCCCCCAUUGAGGAAGAGGAUGCUACCGACGAGGAAGAUGCCGAGGUGGCCGAGGCCCAGAUUCCUGAGGCCCAGAUCCCUCUUACUACCACCGAGACACCCGCAGUCACGCCAAAGUCGCCGCAAGCGCCUCAAGCUCCUGGCUCGUCCCGUCUUCUGCGAUCCAACGCUCGUUUCGCCCAGGAUGAGCAGACCCCGACAGGUACGAAUGCUGCCGCCAAGCGGAAGCGUAUCAGCCCAUUUGAUCAGUGGCUGCGAAAGAAGCAGGCUAUUGAGGAAUCAUCCUCCCCUGCCCCAUCUACAAAGCGUGAGGCUGAUAUUUCGGGUGAAUCCCCGUUGACCCCACCGUCUGCCAAGAAGACUCGGACCACUCGGGCAGGCCCUUCAACUGCAUCUUCGACUUAGUCUUCUUUCUGUCCUCACUACUACACUCACAAUAGUCAAAGUGAUGACCCCGUUGUCUUGCAACGAUUUUCCAUUGGCAUGGUGCCUCGGUCAGCGACUUAUUGCGUCGUCGUUUUCUCUCUCCCGGCCUGCUGCUUUGAAUGCUGGAUGCACGACAAUUCUUUUUCAAGCAGCUGCCAUCCUGCUUAUUGCCAUCCACAUUCUCUGUGGCGUCAUUGUCUUUUUCCUUUGGCUCUCCCUUUUUCAUUAUUUUUAUUCCCCUUUUCUAGCGAUUUAAUGUUCACCCUGGCCAUGACAUGCGUAUCUUUCCGAGCACUGGACUCUUCUGCUUCGACUUGGCGCGUGGAUUUGAAUAUGGGGAAAUCAGGAUACCAGGUCUCGUGUGUUUUCUGAGUAUGGGUUUAGGGAGUUUGGAUCUGCUUUUUUGGUAUUUUGUUUUCGGUUUCUGGUCUUCUUUACUGCAUUUUUGUCCUGUCGUUAGCAUGUCCUCCCCUGGCUCUAUGGGAUUGUAAUCCGGGCAUAAGUGGUUAGAGGAAGAAGCUAGCGGUUCCGCUGACCUGUCGAUGAAUUGAAUGCACUCAAAUGAUGAACAAUUUUGUCUUCGAAAUGUAAAGAU